GGCGCGGAGGGCGUGGCUUACUUGUGAAAUGUCAGGGAGGAAUGGCGCUCGGCGCGGUAUUUUGAACAAUCGCCUUUUUCCCAUUACUCGUUUCAUCUGAAAACGUCGCCCAGCGUGAACAUCUGCGGAGAGCCGAGACUUUGCCAGCAUGGAUGUGGUGUCGCCGGAGCUCAACAGCCUCCUUCCUGAUGAGAUCAUGGACACCGAGGCCAUAGAGGACCUCCCUCACUCCCAGCCAGGCGGCGGCGGCGGCGCGGCCCAGUCGCAGCCCAGCGAUGACGCGCCGGUCCCUAUGGAAACGGAUACUCCCGCUGCCUCGGAACAUUUGAGCCUCUGUUCGAAUGCCGCUUCGGCGGAGCACACGAAGGCUCCCCCCCCCACCUCCUCAGGAGCCACACUCAGCAUCAGCUCCGGAAGUCAGCUUCCCAUCUCAAUUUCCAGCACGUCGUCGUCCUCCCUUCUCACCCUCAAGCCAGCCAUGGUUACUUCCCUAGCCGCGACUAAAACCACGGAUAGUUUGAGCGGGACUAGUAUCUCUACGACGGGGCUGCAGAGGCUCACGCCUCCGUUCACCAUCUCCGCCGCCAACCACCAGAUCAUUCUCAACAAGGUGGCCUCGUCUCAAGCCACAGAAGCAGCGAAGUCCAUCGGUACCCAGCCGCAGGUCUUCAAGCAGGAGGGACAGAAACUUUUGGUGACGACCAUAGGAAAGUCGGGGCAACCGAUAAUGUUGCAGGUAGCCGGCAGCAAGCCGGGCGUCUCACAGACUUUAGGAGACAACAAGUCUCCAGCGCCGCAGUUCAAAGUGGUGACUAUUGGUGGGAGGUCGGAGCUGAAGCAGGUGGUGGGGAGCGCUGGGAACCAGUUGACCACGUUACAGGGCCAGCAGCUGAAGGCCGUACAGAUUGCUACAAAGACCCCCGUAUCCUCAGCUGCACCAUUCAAGUAUAUCAUCACCAAAACGGUCAACAGCAAAGGCCUCAGUCCUCAGACCUCGGUGUCCCCCGUGAUCACCGGUCGGGUCCUGACUCAGACCUCCCCGGGGAUCCCCUCAAGGACCAUCACGCUGUCUGAGCCGCUCAACUCCAACAUGCAAAGUAUCUCCGGCAAAAAGAUCGCCAUUUCCCCCCUGAAGAGUCCCAGCAAGGUGACGGUGGUGUCCGUGGCGUCCCCGACCUCCAACGCCACUCAGAGAUCGAUGACGCUUCCCGUCAACGUGGCGCUCGGUCAGCAGAUCCUCACGGUCCAGCAGUCUGGAUCCCCGGUCAAGCUGGCCACCGGCCAAAACACGGCCCAGAACAUCAAACCAGUGCAGUCUGUGACCAUGGGAGGAGUCACCGGCUCCCAGUUCAAGACCAUCAUCCCGCUGGGCUCCCAGCCCAACGUGCAGCAGAUCCAGGUCCCGGGCAGCAGGUUCCACUACGUCCGCCUGGUCACGUCGACCACGGCCAGCAGCUUGGGGCAUCCCAGCGGUCCCAGUACCAGCUCCUUGCAGACAGCCAAACCCAUGGUGGUCAGCACCGGAGCGGCCCGCAUGUCUGUCCCCAUCGUCCCUGCGCAGCCCGUCAAACAGAUGGCGCCGAAGCCCUUGGCCUCCGGCGCGGUGGUGACCACGGCUCAGACGCAGCAGCGCCUCAUCAUGCCGGCGACGCCGCUCCCGCAGAUCCAGCCCAACUUCACCAACCUCCCCCCGGGUACCGUCCUGGCCCCGGCGCCGGGAGGAGGCAACGUGGGCUACGCGGUCGUCCCGGCGCAGUACGUCACUCAGCUCCAGCAGACGCCUUUCGUCACCCUCGCCAGCAGCUCCUCGUUCCCAGCGCCCGCCGGCGUCCAGACGCAGGCCCGACUGCCGCUCAACGGCUUGUCACCAGCAGAGACGACCUCCAGGCCGAGGAAGCCGUGCAACUGCACCAAGUCGCAGUGUCUCAAGCUAUACUGCGACUGCUUCGCAAACGGCGAGUUCUGCAAUAACUGCAACUGCAACAACUGCUUCAACAACCUGGAGCACGAGACGGAGCGACUCAAAGCCAUCAAGACGUGUCUGGACCGAAACCCGGAGGCCUUCAAACCGAAGAUCGGCAAAGGCAAGCAGGGCGAGUCGGACCGCCGGCACAGCAAAGGGUGCAACUGCAAGCGGUCGGGCUGCCUGAAGAACUACUGCGAGUGCUACGAGGCGAAGAUCAUGUGCUCGUCCAUCUGCAAGUGCAUCGGCUGCAAGAACUUCGAGGAGAGCCCCGAGCGGAAGACGCUGAUGCACCUGGCGGACGCGGCGGAGGUGAGGGUCCAGCAGCAGACCGCCGCCAAGACCAAGCUGUCGUCGCAGAUCUCCGACCUGCUGAUGAGGACGACGCCCGUCAUCUCCAGCGGGGGCGGCAGGUUGCCGUACACGUUCGUAACAAAGGAGGUGCUGGAGGCGACGUGCGAGUGUCUGCUGGAGCAGGCCAAGAAGGCGGAGCAGGCUCACCAGCCUCAGGUGGAUGCGGAGAGGAUGAUCCUGGAGGAGUUCGGACACUGCCUCAUGAGGAUAAUCAACUCGGCGGGGAAAGCCAAAGCCGACUGUGCCUCCAUCAACUGCUAGCUCCACGCCCGCCCUGGAACUUAACCCCGCUGUGGGGGGUGUGGGGGGGGGGGGGGGUGGACGGACGGGCAACCUGCGGCGUCUCGGACCUGCAGGAAGACAUCAACAAACGGCAGAACAAUGGCCUGAAAGUCGAUUCUCACCCUCAGAGAAAAAAAACAAACAUGGAACAGAUGUCAAACGGACGGAGCUGGUCGCCUCUGACGGACCUUCAGAAGCUGAAGGCCCCCCCCCCCCCCAUCCCCAAAUCACCUGGCUGUGAUGGACAGGGAUCACUUUUUUUCCUCACAGGGCUUUUUCAAAUCUGUAAAUCUGUUUGUGUUCUUCCAUUUUAUUCUAUUUUCUUUUAGCUCCCCCCCCCUUCCUCACAAAGACACAUGUGUGACUUUCAUGUAACCAUUUCAGCUUAAUGUAGACAAAAAGGAUUUUUUUUAAUAUUUAUUUUGUCACAUAUCAAUAUGCAGCGUAUAGUGCUGCAAGCUCUUAAUUAUUAACCAAGGCCGGGCUGAAUUGAAUGAAUGAAAAUGAGAAACACACGUAAUUUAUUACUCACGCGCACUCUGCACUGCUCACAGUUGUCAGGGUAACGCGCGCCUCCUUUCAGCCGCCCGCUUGCUGUACGCUAAGAACCCAACAACGGGGGAACCAAUGAAGACCCGUACGACUCGUCCUCCGAUGUCCCCCCCCCCCCUGCAGCAGGUUUCACACGCUCAUGAGUUCCAUUCUGACGCUUCACAGCAGGAAAAGCACAAGACGGGUUAAUAACCUUUUACACUUUUAUUCUGUGCAGCCUGAGGUCCUGGUGAACAGCUGGCUUUUCUGGUUCCAACGUGAAACGCACUCACAUCAUCCUGAGAUGUUUGAAAUGAUAACGUUGUCUUUUGCUAUUUGACUCCAAACAAGUGAGAAGCAGAGAAGUUCAGACAAAACGCGAACACAUCUGUGACCUGAAAGCAACAAAAUCUAUAUCAAAGCCUUCAGAGUCAGAGGGGGAUUUAGAACAUAACUGUGUAUCGUUCAGCAAUCCAAACCCAGCAGUCAUUGUUGAGGUCGUUCGCAUUGGUGCUUUUCCUUCUAUGACGUUUCAGAAUACCUGCUGAGACAAGUGCAUCUUGUCAGGAACCAGUGUGAAUUUAAAAUGUCCAAGUAUGCAAGAAAAGGAGCAUUCGGGGUCGGACUUUUCUGAGGAUGUCACAUGAGGAUGGAUUUGUGGUGGGACUAACAUUUGGAUUUCCAAACAAAUUUAACAUUAAUAUGUAAAAUAAUGAUUAUAUAAAAAGGCACAACUAUCCCAUUAAGUUGUUUCUGUUUGUCGUAUGUUUAAUGUUCACCCAUGUAGUUAAUUUUGUUUACACAAAUUCAUUUAUAGUUUCUGCUCCUGUACUUUGAACCAACCAUGCCAGCAGUGUUGGUUUAACCCCCCGAACCCCCCCCCCCCCCACACACACACACACACAACUC